GUUAAGACCUCUAUGAUAUGACAUUACAUAAUAUAUAAAAGAGGAAACGAAUAUACGUUAGAUAAAGUGGUUCUGAGCAAAAGGAAAACCAUCACAAACAACACAACACAGGUAGGCAAUCAAGAUGAGGAUUAUGAUCAAGGGCGGUGUUUGGAAAAACACCGAAGAUGAAAUCCUCAAAGCUGCUGUGAAUCUGUGAUGAAAUCCUCAAAGCUGCCGCUCAUCCUCUUCCCAGAUCUGCAACAGCACAUCUCACCGGCCAGCCACCAGUGCCGGCCGCCUGCUCUACUCACUCUCCUUCCAUGGUUCUGAAGCUCACCCUCACAUCACCUCACGAAGCCGAAACCCAAAUCGAAAUCUCUCUCCGACAAGCCUUCAUCUCUCUCGAACCAUCCCUGAAACCACCCUUUUCCUUAGCCAUUCCAAACUCCGAUGACUACACUCACCUCAACCGCGCCAUCCUCCACGGCGUUCUCGCCGAACCCCAUCUCGCCAAAACCCACAUCAAACACCUUCACGGCAUUGUCACUGAUGGGUACUCCACCUUCAUCAACUUGCUCCUCGAUAUCGUUCACACCCUCUACCCCAAGCUCCUUGCUCCGGUGAAAACCCAGUUGCUCUGGGUCACUGAGGAAAUGGUUCAUGUAUCUGCAAUCGGGUUUGAACCUCUUUUACUUACCCUUUUGAGGCAAAUCCUUGGUGGUGAUUUCAGUGAUGGAAAUUUGUGGCUGUGUUCGAAAAUGGUGACCCUCUUUCUGGAAAAUUGGGAGUGUUUUCUGGAUGAAGCACCGAGUGUUCUGUGUAGUGCACUGUAUGUGUUUCUUAGAGUUUUGCAUGAUCAUUGUUCUGUCAAUGUUGAGAAGUUGAAGACUCUGAGGCGUUUGGAGAUUCAUUUCUGUGUGAAGGUGGUGAGGGAAGAGUUUCACUUGUGUUUGAAAAUUGGGAGGGAUUUCAUUCGGUUGUUGCAGGAUUUGGUUCAUGUUCCUGAGUUUCAGGCUAUAUGGAAGGACCUGAUGGUGAAUCCUUCAAGUUUCAACACUCCAGAGUUUGUGGGUGUUUCUCAGUUUUACCACACUAGGACUUCAAGUAAGUAUGCUUUGCUUAGAAUCAGUCCUGAAAUGGAGACCCAGUUGAGGUUUUUGCUUACAUAUGUCAAGUUUGGGAAUCAUAAGAGGCAUCAAUUGUGGUUUGGUAGGAAGUUUCUCAAUGAGCCUGAUAAAGAGACUGUUAUAGUUGACAUGGUUAAGUUCAUAUGCUGUGCACACCAUCCCCCAAAUGAGAUUAUUCAGUCUGAUAUUGUUCCUAGAUGGGCUGUGAUUGGUUGGCUUUUGAAGUGUUGUAGGAAGAAUCAUGUUGAGAAUAGUGUGAAACUGGCUUUGUUUUAUGACUGGCUCUUCUUUGAUGGAAGGGUGGACAACAUCAUGAACAUUGAGCCUGCAAUGUUGUUGAUGGUGCAUUGUAUUCCAAAGUACAUUGACAUAACUAACGCUCUUCUUGGGUUCUUGUUGCAUCUUCUGGACACCUAUGAUGUGCAACAUAAGGAUGUUAUAGUUAAAGGUGUUGGGUCAGCUUUUCACUCACUUGCUAGCAAAGGUGUGAUUCAGUCGCUUGAUGUUUUGACUUCUUGUCCUGCAUUGUCACCUCUUCUAAGAGAGUGUCUUGGCAGGUUACUAUCAGAUUUAAAGCUUGGGAGUUCUAAUGGAUUUCUGACAGGACAGUUCUGACCUAAGGGUUUCUUAAAUUUGUCUUUGAUAUAAACAAGGUAGCUAAGAUUAUUAUAGGAGAAUAUGUAGCAAGAAGAGAAGAAGGUUACUCUUGCCCGGGCCCUGUGGUUUGCCCAUCUUAAUUGAUUGAUUGUGGGUACAUAGUAAUUUUUCCUACUUUUGGAUUUGGCAAUUUCUGUCUUCCAAGACUUGAAACUUUAUGUUUGUUCUUUACAUCAGAGGCUAGGACUACUGUCCUGAACAGGAAAUUGUACUUUUUAAGAUUAUGUAGAAUAUAAUUUUUCCCCCACUGGUUUUGAAUACAUCGAAUAACUUCAAAAA